CGCGUGUGCAACUUCGGGAGAGUUUUCUGUGUCCGGACAUCAGCUCGAGUUUGAGUUAGUUUUUUUCGGCUCUUUUACCUGCAGCUUGAGCGCGAGGAUCAUGGACGUCGCUACAGCAGCCGCGGAGCAGGCGGGCGCCCCGGUGAAGGACGAGCUGGCGGAGAAAUGCCAGAAGUUGUUCCAGGCUUUCUUGGAGGAAUUUCAGAGCGUAGACGGGGAGGUGAAGUACGUCCGGGAGGCCGAGGAGCUGAUCCGCCCCGAGAGGAACACGCUGCUGGUGAGCUUCGUGGACCUGGAGGGCUUCAACCAGGAGCUGGCCACCACCAUCCAGGAGGAGUACUACAGGGUGUACCCCCACCUCUGCCGGGCGGUGCGUAACUUUGCCAGGGAUCAUGGGAACAUCCCCCUGACCAAAGAGUUCUACGUGGCCAUCGAGGACCUGCCCACCAGACACAAGAUCCGAGAGCUGUCCUCCAUGCGUGUGGGGACCCUGGUGAAGAUCAGCGGCCAGGUGGUGAGGACGCACCCGGUCCACCCGGAGCUGGUGAGCGGAACCUUCCAGUGCAUGGACUGCCAGGCGGUGAUCAAAGACGUCCCCCAGCAGUUCAAGUACUCCCCCCCGACCAUCUGCAGGAACCCCGUCUGCAACAACCGCUCCCGCUUCCACCUGGACACGCACAAGUCCAAGUUCAUCGACUUCCAGAAGGUGCGUAUCCAGGAGACGCAGGCGGAGCUGCCGCGCGGCUCCAUCCCCCGCUCCCUGGAGGUGGUGCUGAGGGCGGAGGCCGUGGAGACGGCGCAGGCCGGGGACCGCUGCGACUUCACGGGCUCCCUCAUCGUGGUGCCCGACGUGUCCCAGCUCAGCACUCCCGGCGUGCGGGCGGAGACCUCCACCCGGCUGGGCGGGGGCCGGCAGGGCUUCGAGGCGGAGGGGCUGAGGGGCCUGAAGGCCCUGGGGGUCCGGGAGCUGUCCUACAGGCUGGCCUUCCUGGCCUGCAACGUGGCCCCCACCAACCCACGGUUCGGAGGUAAAGAGCUGCGUGACGAGGAGCAGACGGCCGAGAGCAUCAAGAGCCAGAUGACGGAGAAGGAGUGGGAGAAGGUGUUUGAGAUGAGCCAGGACAAGAACCUGUACCACAACCUGUGCACCAGCCUGUUCCCCACCAUCCACGGUAACGACGAGGUGAAGCGUGGCAUCCUGCUCAUGCUGUUUGGCGGCGUCCCCAAGACCACCAUGGAGAGGACGUCCCUGAGAGGAGACGUCAACGUCUGCAUCGUGGGAGACCCCAGCACGGCCAAGAGCCAGUUCCUCAAGCACGUGGAGGAGUUCAGCCCCAGGGCCGUCUACACCAGCGGGAAGGCCAGCAGCGCCGCCGGGCUCACGGCCGCCGUGGUCCGGGACGAGGAGUCGCACGAGUUCGUCAUCGAGGCCGGAGCCCUGAUGCUGGCAGACAACGGCGUGUGCUGCAUCGAUGAGUUUGAUAAGAUGGACCUGAAGGACCAGGUAGCCAUCCAUGAGGCCAUGGAGCAGCAGACCAUCAGCAUCACCAAGGCCGGCGUCAAGGCCACCCUGAACGCUCGCACGUCCAUCCUGGCCGCCGCCAACCCGGUCAGCGGGCGCUACGACCGCAGCAAGAGCCUGAAGCAGAACAUCAACCUGACGGCGCCCAUCAUGAGCCGCUUCGACCUGUUCUUCAUCCUGGUGGACGACUGCAACGAGGUUACAGACUACGCCAUCGCCCGGCGGAUCGUGGACCUGCACUCCCGCGUGGAGGAGUCUGUGGACCGGCUGUACUCCCUGGACGAGAUCCGCAGAUACCUGCUGUUCGCCCGCCAGUUCAAGCCCAAGAUCUCGUCGGAGUCGGAGGAGUUCAUCGUGGAGCAGUACAAGCGGCUGCGUCAGCGUGACGGCUCCGGCGGCGUGUCCAAGUCGGCCUGGAGGAUCACGGUGCGGCAGCUGGAGAGCAUGAUCCGCCUGUCCGAGGCCAUGGCCCGCAUGCACUGCUGCGACGAGGUCCAGCCCAAACACGUGAAGGAAGCCUUCAGGCUGCUCAACAAGUCCAUCAUCCGGGUGGAGACGCCCGACAUCAACCUGGAGCAGGAGGACGAGCUGGAGGAGGAGGAGGAAGUAAACGACGUUCCCAACGGCGUGAACGGGGUGAACGGGCUGAACGGUCAUGCCGAGGGCGUGAACGGGCACGACGGCGGGGUCAACGGGGUCAACGGCCACGUGGACGGGGUGAACGGCCGCGCCGAGCCCGGCGCCCCCUCCAAGCCCUCCCUCCGCCUGUCCUUCGCCGAGUACAAGCGCAUCUCCAACCUGCUGGUGCUGCACCUGCGGAGAGUGGAGGACGCCGAGGAGGAGGAGCAGCUGAGGAAGAGCGCGGUGGUGAACUGGUACCUGAAGGAGAUGGAGUCGGAGAUCGAGUCUGAGGAGGAGCUGAUCAGCAGGAAGGCUCUGAUCGAGAAGGUGCUGCACCGGCUGGUGCACUACGACCACGUGCUGAUCCAGCUGUCCCAGGCCGGGCUGAAGGGCUCGGAGACGGAGAGCAGCGGGGAGGAGGUCCUGGUGGUGAACCCCAACUACGCCCUGGAGGACUAGACCCCAACUACGCCCUGGAGGACUAGAUCCCCCCCCUCACCCCGACGGCUGACCCAUGCGGUCCGCAGGCCCAGACCCCCCCGCCCCCGUGGGCCCAUCACCGGGGAUCCUGCAGGACUCUCUUUUUUCAGUUGAUCUCAGCUGUAAAAAGAUUAGAUUCAGAGACCGAGAGUCAGGUGUAAAUAUGCUGUUCUGUUUCUUCUAGUUUACUGACAUCGCUAAAAUUAUUGCUGGUUGAUUUUCAUAAACUGUAAAUUGAAAGAAAACGAGGCUGGCAAACAUGCAUUCAGGUUAUAUUGUAUGCUUUUGUAUUGUGAUGAAUGUUUGUUCAGUUAAUAAAUGUUUUUGUGAA